AUGGAUUGGGACCACUUCUUUCUUCUCACGCACAACCUCCACAUCAACCGUCGAGUACAACUGUCCCUCUCCUUGUUCCUUACCGCUUAUCUGUGGUUUCUCCCAGUGCUCGCCACCGUAAAACCACCCCUAUAUGCACUGUCAAUCCUCGUCGUCGCGUACGGACAUGCAUACUGGAGAUACGGCAUCAAUCCCUUUGCCCAGAUUGACAGUGCCGUCUCGUUGGCCGGCCGUAUUUCUCGGGUGGCGUUCGUUACUAUUGGCCACUGUUGGAGUGAUUCGCUGGUUGGAAGGCUUUGGCUUGUCAGGUUCCCGGUGAUCUUCUUUUACGAUCUCGAAAUCAAAGCGUAUUGGACCUUUAUCUUGGUACCCCUCGCUUACAAGCUGCGUCUCCAGCGGGUUUUCCAGUGGUUCCAGGUCGAGCGAAGAGCCCACGCUUAUCGACCGAGUCAACCCAAAUUGCCGCUAUACACUUAUACUCCCUUAUCUCCAGAGAAGACCACCAUCCCACUUUUAUUGGUUCAUCUUGGCCACCGCCACAAGGCUAUGUCAUGCAAUUUGUUCGAAGUUGAGUUCAAAUCGGCCCCACCUUUUGCGGCGAUCUCAUACAGAUGGGCCCAAGCCGAGAGAGAUGACGGCGAGCACAUAAUCGUCAGUGACUGCACAUUGGGCGUCGCGUCCAAUGUUUUUGAGCUUCUUGGAGACCUCCGAUCUACUCUCCUCCCGCGAUUGAUCUGGAUAGACUCAAUCUGCAUUGACCAGCUCUCGGAAAACGAAAAGUCGUACCAGGUGUACUUGAUGGGAGAUAUUGACUCAUCCGCAUCACUGGUCACCAUCUGGCUUGGCUCACCUUCGAGAGAGAUGAGCUGGACAACGCUGAACCGGGUCAUUCGCUGGUUGCCGAAGCGGAUCACGGAAGUUGAUUAUUUCGACAGGAUACUAAAGAGUAUCUUCGCCACCCUUGCCUUCCGCCUGAUUGACCAGCUUCGCAUCAACACUUCGUUUACAAGGGACAAUCUCAAGGCAUAUCGGGAGGUGGGCAAGUAUCGCUUCACUGCCUGGUGGAUUCCGCUUAUGCAUCUCCUCGAGCAUGAGUAG